AACGUAUAAAACAUAGUGUAAAACUGUAAACUAAUUAAAAUAAAAAUAGUUAAAAAUAAAAAAAUUCUUGGGUGUAUUUCUGGAUCUUUCUAAAUUGUAAAAAUCCCAUUGUUAAACCUCCCAUCUCUCGCUCUAGAUUCUGAAUUUCAGAGACUAGAAGCCGUUGAAGAUGUCCCUAAUUAGGGUUUCAGGAAGAGCAUCAAGAACUGCUACCACUCUGUGCCGGAGCUACUUGAUAACUCCUUUUCUUCAUUGCAAUCGAGAAUAUGAACUGUUAGUUGCUGCUCAACAACGUUCGUUUUCUUCGUCUAUUUGUGGAUUAAAUAGGAUUCUUGGCAGCCCCUUUAGUAAAAAUGAUACCUUGAACACAAGCUGGUUGCGCAAUGGAGUUUCAAUAGGAGUAUUUGGUGCUACAAGAUCGAUUCAUGGCUCGGGUGUUCUGUCAAAAGAUUAUUACGAUAUACUCGGUGUGAGCAAGAAUGCAACUCAAUCAGAAAUCAAGAAAGCUUUCUAUGGGUUAGCCAAAAAGUAUCAUCCAGAUAUGAAUAAAGACGAUCCCAAUGCUGAUAAAAAGUUUCAGGAGAUCAAUAAGGCCCAUGAGGUUUUGAAAGACGAACAAGAACGCGCAGCUUAUGAUCAGAUGGGCCAUGAUGCAUUUGUACAAAGCAAAGAAACAGGUGGUUCUGGUUCAUAUGAGAGCAGUGGUUUUAAUUUUAAGGAUUUUAAUUUCAAUCCUUUCAACUUUUCCGACAUUUUUACGCAAAGAACGGGCCAAGAUGUGAAGUUAUCCUUAGAGUUAUCCUUCAUGGAAGCUGUUCGGGGUUGCUCCAAAACAGUGAAAUAUCAAACAACUUUAAACUGUGAAGCUUGUGGCGGAACAGGUGUUCCUCCUGGAACCAAACCUGAGACAUGUAAACGAUGUAGAGGGAAAGGCAUGAUGUUCAUGGAAAAAGGUCCAAUUGCCUUUCAGACUACUUGUAUUAAUUGUAAUGGAACUGGAAAAACAUAUACGACAUAUUGCAAGUCUUGCAAUGGUAAUCGAGUGGUGCUGGGAUCAAAGUCUGUCCGACUGGACAUUAUUCCUGGUGUGGAUAAUAAUGAAACAAUCAAGGUAUCUAGAAGUGGUGGAGCUGAUCCUGAUGGAUACGGGCCAGGUGAUCUUUAUGUUGUCAUUAAGGUUAGAGAAGACCCAGUUUUCCGAAGAGAAGGCUCUGACAUUCAUGUUGAUGCUGUUUUGAGUAUUACCCAGGCAAUUUUGGGUGGGACAAUCCAGGUUCCAACUCUGACUGGAGAUGUUGUUCUUAAGGUUCGUCCUGGGACCCAACCAAGUCAGAAGGUUGUGCUGAAGAAAAAAGGAAUUAAAGCAAGGGGCUCUGCCUCAUUUGGGGAUCAGUUUGUGCACUUCAAUGUCAGCAUCCCAACGAGCUUGACCCCAAGACAGCGGGAACUAAUAGAAGAAUUUUCCAAAGAAGAGCAAGGAGAAUGUAACAAACGUGCUGCAGCUGGGGCCUCUACAUAAUUUGGGUUUCCAUAAACAAAGUAGCAAAAUCUGAAUUGCAUGAUCUCUCAUGCAGCUAAAGAAGAAAAUUCGAUCUGUUACUCCUGGAUUUUAAAUAAUUUACGUUUUUUUUUUUCUUGUUGAAGGGGUUGGAAUUGUUAGCAAGGUAGUUCUUUUUUGGGAGAGUGGUAGGGGAGGGGGUGGCCGAAUUUGAGUUAUAAUGAUUAGCUUAACCUGUUAGUGAGCUGAAAAUUUUUGUAGGACGUAAAUACUUGAUUGAUUUGACGCUGUUAUGUGCAAACAAGAAAUGGGCUGCAUUGUCUGGCUUGUACUGUAUAUAUUAAGUCUUGAUGAAAUACAAAUAUACAAUGUCCCUUGUGGAGUUUUUUUUUUUUCCUUUGGCUUAUGAUAUGUUGAUAACUCAUUUUUUCUGCGAA